AUGGAUUCCACAGCGGAUUUUGGCUCGUUACAGCAACGGGUGCAGUCGUCCCUGAUGCAGGUGACGCGCACUGCCGGUCAACUUUCAGCCGAAGAUCUCGAUUUCCAUCGCACCUCUAACGCAGAGGUUUCUGAUUCCCUGGACGAGCAGAGCAACCGACUCUUGUCGCUCACUUCUUCUAUUUUGAAAGCCGCCACCGCCGGAACCGAUGUUUCUGCACCGACCUUAGACGACGAAGAUUCCCUCGAAGAUAAUUGGCGCGGCGUCGUGGAUGUCAUCGAUGCGCUAUUGGAAAAGGCCGACGCAUGCUUGGAUGAAUUCACCGGUGUUAUUAAGAAAUUGAGCCCGUCGCAACAGGAUCAAGCUGCCGCUGCCGCUGCGAAGGCUUCGAAGAAGCAACCCGCUAAAUUCCCGACCAUUUACGACUACGGCCCGUCGAAGAUCCCGAAGCCGCAAUUGCUGUUCGAACGCAAGGCCGAUAACACCGAUACCGCGCCUUUCAAGCCUUUGCUUAAGACGAAGCCUCAUGCCGUUGUUCCGCUGAAAGACUCGUUAAAGUUGUCCGAUUCCGCUGUCGGAUAUGUCAACCCGUACGAGAAGGAGAUUCGUGCCGCAAAGUUCCCCACUUCUUCCUACAGCGUGUCGCCGCCUGUGGAUUAUCAGCCGUGGGAGUCGACAAAGGCGACUUUUGUGGAUACUCUGGAGGGAGUGAAGGAGAUGUUGGAGGAACUUAAGGCCGCGAAGGAGAUCGCGAUUGAUUUGGAGCAUCACGAUGUGCACUCGUAUCAGGGUCUUGUCUCCUUGAUGCAGAUCAGCACUCGGGAUAAGGAUUGGGUUGUUGAUACGCUUAAGCCGUGGAGGGAGGAGCUGCAAGUUCUUAACGAAGUGUUCACGGAUCCCAACAUCUUGAAGGUGCUUCACGGUUCCUCGAUGGAUAUUAUCUGGCUUCAGCGCGACUUGGGGCUGUACGUCGUUGGCAUGUUCGAUACAUACCAUGCUGCUUGCGCGUUGAACUACCCCAAGCGCAGUUUGAAGUUCCUGCUGCAGAAGUUUGUCAACUUCGAAGCCGAUAAACGUUACCAGAUGGCCGACUGGCGCAUUCGACCGAUCCCGGAAGGCAUGUUCGAUUACGCUCGUUCGGAUACUCACUACCUUCUUCACAUCUACGACCACAUUCGCAACGAACUUGUCGAAAACUCCCUCCCCGACAACAACCUUAUCGACUACGUCCUGGAGCAGUCUAAGAAGGAAGCUCUGCAAGUAUAUGAGCGUCCUGUUUACGAUGCUGCUACUGGUCAAGGACCGGGUGGUUGGUACGACCUCCUUUCUCGCAAUUCGGUCGUGGUCAACAGGGAACAGUUUGCCGUAUUCAAAGCAGUACAUCAGUGGCGUGACGAGGUUGCUAGAGAGGAAGACGAGGGCGUGCAAUGCGUGUUCCCGAAACACGUUCUCUUCAGGGUUGCUCACACUAUGCCGCUCGACUUGGGCACCCUGUUCCGGACAUUGUCACCUGUGACACCAAUUGUCCAAAACCGCGCUGUAGACCUUUUGGAAGUCAUCAAGAAGGCUAAGGAUGAGGGCGCUGAUGGCCCUGAAUGGCGUGACGUCUACGUCAAGCCAACCAGGGGUACACCGGCCGCGCCGGCGACACAGCCAGUCGAUGUCCCGUCCCCGACCCCAGCAGACGAGGCCAAUCUCCCCACUGUUUCUCGCUACGAGGUCUCCCAAUUCUGGGGUUCCGUGUUGGAGUCACAAGAACCUCCCACGGUCCCUGCAUACUCCGCCGUUGCUUCAGCCGAAGCUCUCCGUCUCUCCCUCCCCCUUCCGCCUAUGCCUAAAACCGUCUCCGAAGCCCGCGAAAAGCUCGCACCCGCUCAACCUCAAACCCCGAAACCCGCUACCUCUGCACCCGCCGUUAAGGAAGAGAAGAAAGAGGACGAGAACAAGUACUUCACCGUCAAGGAAAUGGGUGGACCACGUAAGCGCAAGGCCGCCCCCGCAGAGACGGCCGAGCAAUUGCAGUCCGCCUCAUCGGAUUUCGACACCACUGACGCCAGUUCCUCGUUGGACACUGAAGAUAAGCCAUCCAAGAAACAGCGCCGCAAGGAGAAGAAGAACAAGCCCGCAGCACAACCCGAGACAGCUGCCGAGGAGGACGGAGAAGAGGAGGAAGAGGAGGCUCCCUUCAACUACGAGUCCGCUGCCUCUGUAUUCAAUGCCAACCCCAAGGCUACUUCGGGACUCCCGUCCAGGCGUCGUUAUAAUCCCUAUGCUAAGGUGCUCGAUGCCCCGUCGGGAGUGCGGAAGCAGAAACGCGAGACUGCCGGAAAGGCGUUUACGUUCCGGUGA